AUGCCGCCAGCUAGCACCAGUACCACCAAUGAUAUGAUAACCGAUGAACCUACCUCUCCACAUCAAAUCCCAAGACUUACCAGGAGACUUACAGGGUUUCUUCCACAGGAAAUCAAGUCAAUUGACACGAUGAUCCCUUUAAAAUCAAGGGCAUUAUGGAACAAGCAUCAAGUCAGAAAAUUUAACAAGGCUGAAGAUUUCCAAGAUAGGUUCAUUGACCACGUGGAAACUACGUUAGCACGUUCGCUUUAUAAUUGUGACGACAUGGCUGCUUAUGAGGCUGCUUCAAUGAGUAUUCGUGACAAUUUGGUUAUCGACUGGAACAAAACUCAGCAAAAGUUCACUACAAGAGAUCCAAAGAGAGUUUACUAUUUGUCCUUAGAGUUUUUGAUGGGGAGAGCUUUGGACAAUGCCCUAAUCAACAUGAAAAUCGAUGACCCAGAAGAUCCCGCCGCAUCCGAGAAAGAACCAAGAGAAAUGAUCAAGGGAGCCUUGGACGAUUUAGGGUUCAAGUUAGAAGAUAUCCUGGACCAAGAACCAGAUGCAGGUUUAGGUAAUGGUGGUCUAGGUCGACUCGCAGCUUGCUUCGUCGACUCAAUGGCCACAGAAGGCAUCCCUGCCUGGGGUUACGGUUUACGUUACGAGUAUGGUAUCUUUGCUCAAAAGAUUAUCGACGGUUAUCAAGUGGAAACUCCUGAUUACUGGUUAAACUCUGGUAAUCCAUGGGAAAUUGAACGUAACGAAGUGCAGAUUCCAGUCACCUUUUAUGGUUAUGUCGAUAGACCAGAGGGCGGCAAAACGACGCUAAGCGCAUCGCAAUGGAUUGGUGGAGAAAGAGUCCUUGCUGUUGCGUAUGAUUUCCCUGUUCCAGGUUUCAAGACUUCCAACGUAAAUAAUCUAAGACUGUGGCAGGCAAGACCAACCACUGAAUUCGAUUUUGCAAAAUUCAACAAUGGUGAUUAUAAGAACUCUGUAGCCCAACAACAACGUGCAGAAUCCAUAACUGCUGUGUUGUAUCCAAACGAUAAUUUUGCGCAGGGAAAAGAGCUGAGGUUAAAGCAACAAUACUUCUGGUGUGCUGCGUCUUUGCACGAUAUCUUAAGGAGAUUCAAAAAAUCAAAGAGACCAUGGUCCGAGUUUCCUGAACAAGUGGCCAUCCAGUUGAAUGAUACUCAUCCAACCUUAGCCGUCGUUGAGUUGCAGAGAGUUUUGGUCGACUUGGAAAAACUAGACUGGCACGAGGCUUGGGACAUUGUUACCAAGACCUUUGCGUACACCAACCACACUGUUAUGCAAGAGGCCCUGGAGAAAUGGCCCGUUGGUCUAUUCGGCCAUUUGUUACCUAGACAUUUAGAAAUCAUUUACGAUAUUAACUGGUUCUUCUUACAAGAUGUUGCGAAAAAAUUCCCAAAGGAUGUGGACCUCUUGUCUCGUAUAUCCAUUAUCGAAGAAAACUCUCCAGAAAGACAAAUUAGAAUGGCCUUUUUGGCUAUUGUUGGUUCCCAUAAAGUCAACGGUGUUGCCGAGCUGCACUCUGAACUGAUCAAGACCACUAUUUUCAAAGACUUUGUCAAAUUUUAUGGCCCAUCAAAAUUUGUCAAUGUCACUAACGGUAUCACACCAAGAAGAUGGUUGAAGCAGGCCAACCCUUCUUUGGCUAAACUAAUUAGCGAAACUCUUAAUGAUCCGACAGAGGAGUAUUUGCUGGACAUGACCAAAUUGACUCAAUUGGCAAAAUUCGUUGAAGAUAAAGAGUUCUUGAAAAAAUGGAACCAGGUCAAGCUUAAUAACAAGAUCAAAUUAGUUGACUUAAUCAAAAAGGAAAAUGAUGGGGUAGACGUCAUUAAGAGAGAGUAUUUGGACGAUACUUUGUUUGACAUGCAGGUUAAACGUAUUCAUGAGUAUAAGCGUCAACAGUUAAACGUCUUUGGUAUUAUCUACCGUUACCUGGCAAUGAAAAAUAUGUUAAAGAACGGUGCUUCUAUCGAAGAAGUCGCCGAAAAAUAUCCACGCAAGGUUUCAAUUUUUGGCGGUAAGAGUGCUCCCGGAUACUACAUGGCUAAACUAAUCAUCAAGUUGGUCAACUCUGUUGCUGACAUUGUUAAUAAUGACGAAUCAAUUGAGCAUCUAUUGAAAGUGGUCUUCAUCGCUGAUUACAAUGUCUCCAAAGCUGAAAUAAUUAUUCCAGCAAGUGACUUGAGUGAACAUAUUUCAACCGCUGGUACGGAAGCGUCUGGUACUUCCAAUAUGAAGUUUGUUAUGAACGGUGGUUUGAUUAUUGGUACCGUUGACGGUGCCAAUGUAGAAAUCACAAGGGAAAUAGGUGAAGACAAUGUCUUUUUAUUUGGUAACUUAAGUGAAAAUGUUGAAGACUUGAGAUAUAACCAUCAAUACCACCCACAAGAUUUACCAUCAAGUUUGGAAUCAGUAUUAUCCUGCAUUGAAAGUGGGCAAUUUUCUCCGGAGAAUCCAAAUGAAUUCAAACCACUAGUUGACAGUAUCAAAUAUCACGGUGAUUAUUACUUGGUUAGCGACGACUUUGAGUCCUACCUGGCCACCCAUGAAUUGGUGGAUCAGGAAUUCCACAAUCAAAGAUCAGAAUGGCUGAAGAAGAGUGUAUUAAGUGUUGCUAACGUCGGUUUCUUCAGCAGUGACCGUUGUAUCGAAGAAUACUCUGAUACAAUCUGGAACGUUGAACCAGUGACUUAA